GGUCUUCCAUCUGUUGCUGUUUAUAAUACAAGAAAGAAAGGGCGUUUUUGCACGAGUUAGGAAAGGUAUUUCAAGUAAACCAUGGGAUCGGAUGAAGUUGUUAAAAAAGCAUGGCUGGAGAGAAGGAACUGGACUUGGCAUUGCUGAACAGAUUGGAACCGGUGCCAGCUUAUAUUAAGAAAAAUAAGAGAGGCUUGGGAGCAGAGAAGCCAAAAAAGGCAGCACCGCACCCAAAAAGUCCCGGGCAUUCCUCUGGCAAGAUCUUAAAAGAUGGGGACAAAGUGACUAAAACGAAGGGGAUCUCUAAAAAGAUGAAGAAAGUACUGGAAUUUGAGAAGCGUAUGCAAGAGAAAGAAUUUGAGCGAGCAUUCUUUAGGGAAUUUUGGCCAGAUAAUGUUUAGUUCAUCUUAUUCUCUUUCCCUAUCUGUUUUUUUAAGCCAUCCACUUCUACCUUUUGGAUGGAUAUUCAUUUUCAUUGAUUUUAACACAUGUAGAAUCAUACCCAACUUUGAGAUAUUUGUAAAUAUUCUGAAGUGUACAUGACAUGAUGUCAGUAGCCGUAUCGCACUUAUUACUAUCUGGAGGAAAACAUGACAAAUGUAUCAGUAUCUAGAAAAGUGCUUGUUACGU